AUGUUGAUUGAAGCCGCUCAUGCUAUAGCAAGUCAAAAUAACUGCCUUUCGAAAUCUACCUACUUAUUAGACGAAAGCAAGACUCCAAACAAUAUGUCUAUGUCUUAUUGUACAUUUAGCAAUAUUGUAGAACCGGAUUCAGUGGUUGAAGUGGGAUUCGAGAGUUCAAACCGCUUAGAUAAGAACGAUGCGCUGGUUAGCGGAUGUGUGGAAAUGACAAAUAACCCCCUACACAACAAACCAACGCAAAGAUCCUAUUGUGAUUGUCAGUGUUCGCUGCUAGCUGCCGACCUAGAAGGGAUUAAGCUUGAAAUUACAAUUAUGCAAAAGGAUAUUAAGACUAAUGCUAGUAAAUCCCGAGCCGAUCAGGUGAACCGGCUGAAAACCGAGCUUUCUA